AUGAUACAGUUGUUCUUAAACAUAGCUCAACUUCUAGGUUACGCCAAUGAUGGGCAUUUAUGGUUUGGAGAGGUACGUUUAAUAAAAAAAAUUAAAGAUGGUCUAUUAGUGGAAGCUAAAAAUGAAAAGCAAGCUAAACGAUUACAAGGUUUGGUGCGUUUUGGUGAAGUUGAUGUGGUGGUCAAAACCCAUCAAACAUUAAACUACAGUAAAGGUGUCAUUUACUGUAGUGAUCUACUAAAUUGCAGUGUGGAAGAACUAAAGGGGCAUCUGAUCGUUGAGGGAGUAACAGAUGUCAAACGAAUCCAAACAAAAAAAGAUGGCAAACUUAUAGAUACUCCAACCCACAUUUUAACAUUUAACUCACCUGUCCUUCCAAAGAAAAUAAAUGCUGCUUUCCAUAGAUUAGAGGUAAGACAAUAUAUCCCUAACCCGUUAAGAUGUUUUAAAUGUCAAAAGUUUGGCCACAUUACCGAUAAAUGUGAGUCCAAAGUACAAAUUUGUAUUUGUGGACAACCUUCCCAUGAGGGAACACCCUGCACCCUUCCAAUCAAGUGCGUGAACUGCAGCGGAGACCAUCCGGCGAGGUCCAGGUCUUGUAAGGUUUAUCAGGAAGAAGCUGCAAUACAAAAAAUUAAAACUUUAGAUAAAGUAACUUAUUUUGAGGCUAAACGUCGAUACAAUAUGUCUAAAAAUAUAAACCUACCUAAAAACUUCUCGGAUGUUGUCAAAACCACUGCAUCAGCCGCCAGUAACCUCAAAAUAGAGGACAUUAUAAAGGCCUUAAUCCCUGAAAUAACAAAGGUUGUUACUUCUAUUAUUUCAGGCGGGGCCGGCAUUUCCGGACCGCAAUCACAAACAUUUGCCCUACCGUCCAAAAAAACUAUAUCUCGACAUGGUGUGCAGUAUGAUUCACAAUCCAACACUGAUUCGGUUGCCGAAAAACGCAAAGCGUCCGAGACAGGGUCAGACACUGAAUCAUCCAUUUUAAAUUCUGAUGCCGAUGCGAAAUUUCUGGGCCGCAGCUCGAGCAAUCUGUUUGAGGGAAUUUCUGGUGAUUAUCAAGUAAUAAGUAAAGCGGUUUUGGAAACAGUGGCGUCCUUAGUCAGAGACACUUUGUACCUAUGUCGAAGGCUUAGUGCGUCACACACGCGAACUCAGAAUCCCACCUUUGAUGUGGGGAACAGUAGAAACGGCAGGAUGAAAAACGGACAGCUGCGGUCAGACAACAAACGGAAUUACCUGCGUCUAAACGUAGUCGAAUUGAUGAAGGGACAAGAAAUUAAUUCAACAAUUAGCAAACAAAAACGAAGACUGCACAUCUCGCCGUCGUUCGUUCUGGCAGUUAUUGCCUUUAAUUUGCAACUAACGCCUUACGAGCAGGUUAGGUGA